GAAGAAGAAAGGCGGAAGUUGGCGUGUUUAUUUGUUAUUGUCGAUUCGCCUGAGAGCUGGAAUGAAAUGAACCUCGGAAAUGAUUAAAACCGAAAAAAUCCUCCAUUUAAAGUGUUCACGGGGAAGAAAGGUUCGUGUGGUCAGAGAGCAUUACCUGAGGGAGCAGGUUCCAUGCGGAAGCGCUCUGUGUCAGGCGGAAUGUCCACACGAUGGCAAGCUGCUGUCUGGAGAUGUGACUCAUUAUGUGGUGCCAGAUGCUGGAGUAGUGAGGGACUUCCUGGAGGUUCUGGAGUUCAGGGAGUUUCACGGGGUUGUAUUUAUGCAGACAGCAUGCCAAGCUUUACAAAACACACGUGGGCGCAGGCACUAUAACAGGCUGCGUGCUCUCCUGAAGGACCCUCGGUAUGACUGUGUCCUGUUUGCCAAUGAGUUUCAGCAGUUUUCCUACUGUGCCCGGGACAAAGGAGAAACACAAGAGAAAUGGCAAACGAGGUGUGUGUACCAUGCAGCAGUGUGGUAUUACAACCAUUUGGCUGGUCUGAUGUCAGUGGUUAUGAUCACAGAAGACCAGGAGGCCAUUAAAGAAUAUGGCAGUCAGAACAGUGGCGUUUACGUCAUCUCGACUCGGGAAUAUUUGGAAAGUUUCUGGCCAGACCUGCAUGCAGCUCAAGAGUUGUAUGCCUCUAUUGCUCAGACCCUACAAGAGAGAGAGAGUGAAGGAGCAGAGAAAGAGUACUCUGAGCAUUUACCUGCAGAGAUUCUGGAGGCAGGGAUCAAAUCUGGCAGGUACAUUCAGGGCACACUUAACGUGAACAAGCAUCGUGCACAACAUGAGGCUUUUGUACGUUAUGAGGGCUCUGCAAGCAAGAAUACAGAGCUUAACAGUGAUGUUCUGAUUAAUGGAAUGAAGCACCGUAAUCGGGCAAUACACGGUGAUGUGGUUGCUGUAGAAUUGCUGCCACGUGGUGAGUGGAAGGGCCGGAGCACAGCGUUAACAGAGGGACGAGGAGAGGAGAAAGGAGAGGACAUUCAGAGUCAGCCUAUGCCGACAGGCAGGGUGGUGGGUAUCAUACAGAGAAACUGGAGGGACUAUGUGGUAACAUUUCCUCCUCGAGAGGAGCUGCAGACCCAGUCCCGAAACUCUCAGAAGAUUCUGGUCAUUCCCUGGGACUGCCGCAUCCCAAAGAUCCGGAUUAGCACCCAGCAGGCUGAAGCACUGCAGGAUCACAGGAUGAUUGUGCGAGUGGACUCAUGGGAGAGCACUUCACUCUACCCCAAUGGUCACAGUGUGAGAGUCCUGGGCAAGGCUGGUGAAGUGGAGACUGAAGUUCAGACCAUACUGGUGGAGAACUGCAUCCAUGUGCCUCCAUUCUCUGAAGCCCAGUUGCGAGAGAUGCCUGUGAACUCUAAGGAGCAGCCGUGGCAGAUGGACCAGGCUGAGAUGAACUCUCGGAAGGACCUGCGCGACACCCACCUGGUGUUCAGUAUCGACCCGCUGGGCUGCGAGGACGUGGAUGACACGUUGUCAGUGCGCACCCUGCCAGGGGGAAAGCAUCUGGAACUGGGAGUACACAUCGCAGAUGUCACACACUUUGUUAAAGAGGGUUCUCUCACUGAUCUGGAAGCUCGUUCCAGAGCCACAACAUAUUACCUGGCUGACCGAAGGUAUGACAUGUUGCCGGCGGUGUUGAGCGCUGACCUCUGCUCACUGCUGGGGGGGGUGGACAGAUAUGCCAUGAGUGUUAUAUGGGAGCUGGAUGCUGAGUCUCUGGCAGUGUGUAGUGUGUGGUACGGCCGCACACUUAUCCGAUCCUCUUACCAGCUGCACUAUGAGCUGGCCCAGAGCCUGUUAAAUGGGGAAGAUGUGGAGGUGCCUGAGCUGGCCCAGCUCGAGAGCUCUGAACGGGAACAGAAACGGGCUGAGCUCCUGCAGGCCCUGGAGCAGUUGACUCGAGUGGCCAGGCACCUGCGAUCACAAAGGGAUAAGGGUGGUGCUUUGGAGCUGGAGGGCAUUGAAGUGAGGGCACAGCUGGAUGAGGACAAGAACAUUGCUGCUCUGGUGCCCAAACAACCUCUGGAGGUGCAUGAGACAGUGGCAGAGUGUAUGAUCAGUGCCAAUCACUGGGUGGCACGUAAGAUCCAGGAAUGUUUCCCACACCAGGCGCUCCUGAGGCGUCAUCCACCACCCAGACAGGAGUUCUUCAACCAGUUGGUCGACAGUGCCACGAGUCGUGGCUUCGCCAUUGAUACAAGGUCCAACAAGACUCUGGCUGAUUCUUUGGACCAGGCAGUGGAUCCACAGGACCCCCUGGUAAACCGGCUGCUGAGGGUGAUGGCCACCCAGGCCAUGUCUAAUGCCCUGUACUUCUCCACUGGAGCCUGCCCAGAGGAUCAGUACUACCACUAUGGUCUUGCUCUGGAUCGGUACACCCAUUUCACUUCUCCAAUCAGGCGCUAUGCUGACAUCAUAGUGCAUCGUCUUCUCAUGGCUGCCGUACAAUCAGAGAAAGAGGAGUGUUUUCACAGGAGCUUAGCUAGCAACAAAGAACUGGAGGAAAUGGCUCAUCAAAUCAACAACAGAAACCGAGCAGCUCAGCAAGCUCAGAAGCAGUCCACAGAGCUUUUCCAGUGCCUCUACUUCCGAGAUAAGGACCCACUCACUGACGAGCGCUGCAUGGCCGACGCUAUUAUCUACUCCAUCAGGGCCAAUGGUGUACUGGUCUUUGUCCCACGGUAUGGCUUGAAGGGUGCGGUGUACCUGAAGAAUCGAGAGAGUGAGGUGGUGAGUGUGGGGGAUGAUGGUGCGUGUGUGUGGCAGGUGGGAACACUGCAGAGGUAUCCAGACAGGAUCAGCUCCUGCACCAGCACAGGGACAAGCACCUUUCACCUAUUCAACCAUGUCACAGUGCGUAUCUCUGUGGAAACAUCCCGCUGCCAUUCUGACAACUUGCAUCUGGAACUCAUCAGUAACAAGCCACAUCAGUCCACCAUGGCCGAGUCUCGGACAAGCAGUCGGGUUCAGUCUGAGCUGAUCGAGGAGGUGGUGCGCAGGGAAGAAGCAUCUCUUCAGGCAGAAGAGGAGAAGACGAAGAGACCAAGACUGAGCAAAGAGGAGCGGGAGUUCAGACAGAGCAAAGGGCCCAAUCUCUACUCAAUCCUGCAGGAGAUCAGUGAGCUCGCCUUGCUUGAUACAGCUUUCUGUCACAUACAAAACACUGAAGUACCAACGUGCAUAACCUCAGCUUAGGUUUACUGAGAAAAUUCAAUUCAGUCCAGACUCAACAUUUGAAUUUUAUUGCUUUGAUAUUAUGAAAUUUUUAUUAUUUACUCUAGUUUGGAUGAUAGAGUAGCACUGGAGAGUUUUGGCCAAGAGUUUACUCAGAUAUUGCUCAUAAGCCAAAGAACGACCCUUAACUGCUUAAAUCCAUUUUUAGAGAUUUUAGUGUUGCACUGAUUAACAUUAUGGUUUGGCUGUGGUAUUUUGUUUAGUAUAUAUUUUGUAAAGGAAUGCAUAAAUUGUGUACAUUUACAACUGAAAUGUUUUAUAAAAAAUAUUUUCACGGGCUCUUUGGAUGGUGCACUUGUAAAGCACAUAAAAAAAAUAAAUAAAUCUAUAGGUGCUAUGAAUAUGCAGCCCCAACCCCAACUCAGAUUUCACAACUAAGAAAUUAGUUGCUGGGUGAAAUGGUUAUGAAGUGGGUAGCAUUGCUGUAUCACAGCUCCAACGUCCCUGGUCCGAGUCUAAACUUGGGUCCCUGUCUGUCAACCCUUUUUCCACCAACAGGGAACGGGUUCCGUUCUGGUUCGCGCACCCAAUUUUGAACCAUUCAGAACAUUUCGACCAAAAAUAAAUUGGUUCGGAGCCUGAAACGGUUCCCAGCUAGAACCGAAAUAUAGCUGUUUUUUCUAGCGUGUACCAUGAUGACAUCAGUGGGCGUGUCAUUAGCUUGGAGAGGAAGCAGAGUGCAGCAAUGGAGAACGCGAUGCAAAAGGAUACACCUUCAGAAAAAAUGGAAUGAAAACGUGUCUAGUAACGGGAAAAAAACCUAGCAGGUAAUCAGUGCACUCUGGCAUGCUGUUAGUAUUGUUUACUCCUGUUGUGCAAUGCCCUCCCUUUGUGACACACCCUUGAUUACAAUGGCUCGGCUCAAAAUUGAUGAAAACGUGGGCUAGUUCACUAGCCGGCACAAAGUUUCAAAGAAUCCUGAACAGAAUCGGUUAAAAAAAACAAAAAACUGUUCCCUGUUGUUUGAAAAAGUGUACGGAGUUUUGUUCCUUCUCCCCAUUACUGUAUGGAUUUUCUCUCGGUUCUCUGGUUUCCUCCCACCAUCCAUUUAACAGUUAUCCCAUGAAAUUGAGUCGUACAUGAGCUGAUAGCCGAUGAGGCGCGUAGUGCCAAGUUGACUAUAAGCCAUGUACGAUGAGAUUGAGUGGAAUAACUGUUAAAUGGAUGGUGGGAGAGAACUGAGAGGAAAUCCAUACAAAACGUCCAAAAAAUGUAAACCGGCAAAAUGACAGUAGCAAUUUGUGAAAAGUGCUAUAAUUCUUGAAAAAUAAAAAAAAAAUUCUUACUAUCAAAUAUACUUAUUCCAUAUUUUGUUGCUUUUUUAUUUUUAUUUUUUUGGGGGGGUGGUUUUUGAGUAGUUUUUUUUUGUCCUUGGUCUGUUCAGCAACACGCUCCACCGUUUUGUUUUUCCUCUACUCAUGGUAUAUGAGCUAAUUGCCUAGUAGUAGAGUAGCCAAUCAGAGUGCAUGAUUGCUCAUAUCCAGUGAAUGCAGAUAAAUAUUAUUAUUCUAUCACCGAGUGUGUGAAUGUGCCAAAAUCCGUGGUUACAUUUUUACCCAAUGUUAGUCAAGUCAUGGUGACGUUAAAGUGCAUAUCACGGGUAAAUUCAGGAGCGAGAUCAAUGUAAUUCUCCUAUUUUAUAUUAAACUUUGGUCAAAUAUCUGUCACAUUUUGCAUUUUGUGCAAUUUUUUUACCUUGCGCAAUACCAGAAAAAUUCAGUUGAAAUCGAGCCACUUGAGGCGAAUUGGUCCGCCUCUGAAAAAACUUGGCAUUUGGAUUUUCUGGGAAACAUUGAUUUUCGUGACGUCGCGUGCGGGACGCCUCCUUCUGAAUCCUACGUCAGCGCUGGUUUGUUUAUGAGAAAACGACCUGGUGGUUUUCUGCAAAUUUCUUCAACGUUAUCACUAAAAUGGUGAACAGAUGUAUCGUAGGAGGGUGUAGCAACACCAACCUUGAUGGGAUUAGUACUCAUCGUUUUCCAAAAGACCGGACAAUGAGAGAGAAAUGGGAGCGCUUGGUCUACACAGGCUGUGCACUGAAACCGUGCAAAGCUCGCGCAGCCUGCUGGCGCUUCCGCAGGUGACGUCACGAAUCUGGCUCCAGACUCCCUUGGGAUUUUUCCAGACGCGUUUUAUUAUUUUAUUUUUUCUUGCUGUAAACAGAUGGCCUUGUGCAAAAUUACCCUUCUGGAUGAGUGUGUAAACGGACAUACUUUCUCAUAUAUAAAUUAAAUUGGUCUAGAAUAUGCACUUUAACAGUUCAGUUCAAUUGGUCAGGUUCAAUGCCCAAACUGAUAAUCACAUCAUCAGUUUUUCUUUGGCUAAUCAGACACAAGGUACGCCACCACUCUUGCCGGAGCGGUUGGGGGUGAGGCGCCUUGCUCAAGGGCACUUAAGCCAGUCCUGCAACCUUUUGGUUCCAAAGGUGUUUCUCCAACAAUUAGGCCAUGGGUUCCCCUAAAUCAUUAAAUUAACACACAAUCAUUAAACAAGACAGACUUUAUUAACAAAAUAUGAAUGGAAAAUUAUGCUAAAAAUGAACACCCAAGACAAACCCUGUAAAGAAAAUGUACUAGAAUUAUGAAAACUCAAAUUCCUAAACAGUGUACAAACCCACUGUUCUACUCAAACACUUUUGUUAGUGAUGGCUGGAUUACGUUAUGCUUUAAUACUAUAAUACAUUAAAAAAAAACCUUCCUAAAUCUGCUAAGGUCUAGGUGAGACUCCAUCAGCUUAGACCUUAUGUGGAGGUGCAUUUCUUAACUGAACACAUUCAGCAUUCAACACUGGGGUUAUGGGUAUAGACUUUACUUAUUAGAUGUUAUAAACAGAACCCAAUAACACCAGCUACUAAAAAAUAAAAAUCAGCUACAGCAGCUGGUUCUUUCUGUAUAGUUUUGCAUUACAACAAGGAUGUAAAACGUAACUCGAGGCAGUCUGUUCUCAUUAUAGAUCCUCGCAGAGGAUGUCAAGAACAACACAAGCAGUCUAUCUGCACUUGGCUGGACGACCAGGGGAAGUACAUAUCAUGGUCUAACAGUUACAAUCGAAAGUUUUUUUUCCUUUCUUUCUUACUCUGAACUAGUUUUUUGGCAGCCAUUUUGUGUCCAUCAUAAACUUUCUGGCAUAAUCAGGAAGAAUAAAACUGAUCAAUCACUCUCA